AUGGGCUUCACCGACCUUCUGGAUGAGGUGGGCGGGUUCGGGCGGUUCCAGUGGAUCCAUGUGACUCUGAUCAGCCUUCCUGGUUUGCUGAUGGCCAGCCAGAACCUGCUGAACAACUUCACUGCAGGAAUCCCAGCUCACCACUGCCGCAUACUGGUGAACAGCACACACUACAACCUGUCGAACUACGAGGUGGAGGAGGAGCAGCUGCUGCAAGUUUUCAUCCCCCUGGACGCCAGCGGCACCAAACUGGACCGCUGCAGGAGGUAUGUGCAGCCUCAGUGGCAGCUGCUGGCCAACGGCUCUGCCAACGUGUCAGACGCGCAGACGGAGAGCUGCGUGGACGGAUGGACGUAUGAACGGACAGAGUUCCUCUCCACCAUUGUCUCUGAGUGGGAUCUGGUUUGCAAUCUGCGGCCUCUGAAGCAGAUGAGCCAGACAGUUUAUAUGGGCGGAGUCUUGGCUGGUGCCAUCAUCUAUGGGGGGCUGUCAGACAGGUUCGGCAGGCGUUCUGUCCUUAUUUGGUCAUACUUCCAGGUGGCGUGUCUUGGCUCCUGUUCGGCUCUCUCUCCGUCUUACUCCGCCUACUGCAUCUUCCGCUUCCUGACCGGGAUGGCGGUCUCUGGAGUCAUCCUCAACGGCGUCUCACUGAAGGUUGAGUGGAUCCCGACCAAAACAAGGACAUUAGUGGGGACACUCACUUCUUUCUUCUUCACCUUUGGUCAGCUGGUCUUGGCGGGGCUUGCCUAUUGGCUGAGGGACUGGAGGAAGCUGCAGGUGGUUGUCUGCGCCCCGCACUUCCUGUGCUUUGCCUACAGCUGGUGGUACUCGGAGUCGGCCCGUUGGUUGGUGCUGAAGCAGCGGUCGGGGGAGGCGCUGAAGAGUCUUCACCGCGUCGCUCGAAUCAACGGCAAACCAGAGAUGACAGAGAAGAUAACGCUGGAGGUCCUUCAGUCUCAUAUGAAUAAGGAGAUUGAGUCCAGCCGCUCGUCCUACACGGCGUACGACCUGCUGAGGACCGGAGGGAUGAGACGCAUCUCUGUUUGCCUAUUGGCUGUCUGGUUCUCCACCAGCUUCGCCUACUACGGCCUGGCCAUGGACCUGCAGAAGUUUGGGGUGAGCAUCUACCUGAUGCAGGUCAUCUUUGGAGCCGUCGACAUUCCCGCCAAGUUCUUUGCUCUGGGCAUGCUCACUUACUUUGGCCGCCGUGUUUCCCAGGCAACCUGCCUCCUCCUCUCAGCACUCAUCAUCUUCGCCAACAUCUUUGUUCCAAGUGACAUGCAGACCCUCAGGACCACCUUGGCGUGCCUCGGGAAAGCUUGCACCUCCGCAUCUUUCACCACCGUCUACCUGUACACCGGAGAGCUCUACCCCACCGUCAUCAGACAGACAGGGAUGGGUUUUGCGUCGACCAUGGCUCGGAUCGGCAGCAUGGCGGCGCCCGCCGUCCUCAUCCUGGACGAGGUGUUCCCAGCGCUGCCCAGCAUAGUGUACGGCGGGGCGGCGGUGGUGGCGGGGGGCUUCGCCUGCUUCCUGCCGGAGACCCUCAACGUGCCGCUGCCCGACACCAUCGAGGACGUGGAGGACAGAUGGUGCGGCGGUCGACCUGCCCAGCAGUCGCAGAAAGAGGGCGUGGCCUUGAAGGAGGAGGUGGUCUGUGAUGGGGGCGUGGCCUCAAAAGAAGGUGUGGCUUUGAAGGAGAUGAAGGAGGGAGAAGGAGCUGGCCUCAACGCCCUCUGACCAAUCAGAGACGCCGCAGCAAGAAAAGCAGCCAAUGGGAAACAGGCUUCAAGAGGAAGCAAACCGAUUUCACUUCCUGCUGCUCGGUGACUUCCUGGACACAAAUUUUUGAAACGUUAAUGUGGCACGGGAAGACCCGCCCCUCUGCCUCUGAUUGGCUAGCACUAAUCCUUAACUGACAAAUCAGGCAGCACUUUUAUGAAUAAUAAUGAGUCUUCCCCUGCCACGCAGCAUUUUGAAAACUGAAAAUCAAAAGGAGCCAGUAUGGGAGGAGAGGAUUACAGUAAUCUGAUUACAAGACAGUGACCUGUUACUAACGCUAAUCAACCCAAAUUAGGAUUAACAGAUUGUAUGUAAUCUGAUGAGAAAUGCUGUAAAUGCUGUUGUUGUUCACGACCGCAGAGAUUUUUCUAUUAAAAUGAAACUAGAGAUCACAUAAACACCAUGGGAUUCACUGUUAGUGUCAUUUAUUAUCUCAUUUGCCUUUCCAAACCACCAGGGGGCACUGCAGGCACUCUGUACGAACACACAGCACCGCCGUGUUUUAUUCCCGUUUGAUCGAAAUAAAGUUUUGGUGUGAUGAA